CAUUUAAAAAUACUUUCUAAAAAAAAAUAAGUGAAAUAAUAAAUUUAAAUAAAACAGUGACAAUGUUGAUCCAUAUCCUUAACACUUUUAGAUAUUUGUUAUUUUUUCAUAUAAAUCUUAAAUUCAAAGCAUGUACAGAGCAUGGAAUAAUAUUCUAUUAUAAAAAUAUUAUGUAUGGUCGUUAUACCAAAGAUUUAGGAGAGUAUGCAAAAGAUGAAGCAAGAAGAUUUAAACAGUUGGAGCGACAACGAAAAAAAGAAGAUAGAGCUAAAGAUAAGGAAUUACUUGGCAGACGUAGAAAAGGAAAAAUAUUUCAAGCCGUGUCUUGGUGUUGGCGACAUACGUUUGCUAGAAUGGGCGAGGAUUGGAUAUUCUUAGCUAUGCUUGGUUUCAUCAUGGCUGUUCUUUCUUACGUCAUGGAUAAAGGAAUCUCCAUGUGUAACAAUGCCAGAGUAUGGUUAUACAGAGAUCUCACAUCAGAUCCAGCAAUACAGUUCCUUGCGUGGGUGUCCUUACCCUUUUGUUUGGUUCUAUUCUCAGCUGGAUUUGUGCACUUAGUUGCACCACAAAGCAUAGGCUCGGGGAUUCCUGAGAUGAAGACAAUUCUUAGAGGUGUUGCGCUUAAAGAAUAUUUGACAUUUAAGACACUUGUUGCAAAAGUUAUAGGAUUAACGGUAGAGAUAAAUGGAUCACAUUUAUUCAAGGCAACUUUAGGUUCAGGGAUGCCUUUAGGGAAGGAAGGACCUUUUGUUCAUAUUGCCAGUAUUGUUGCUCAAUUGUUAAGCAAACUUAUCACAUCUUUUCAAGGUAUAUUUGAAAACGAGUCUCGAAACACUGAGAUGUUAGCAGCUGCUUGUGCUGUCGGGGUGGGAUCAUGCUUUGCAUCUCCAGUGGGAGGUGUUUUAUUUAGUAUCGAAGUAACAACCACUUAUUUUGCUGUGAGAAAUUAUUGGAGAGGUUUCUUUGGUGCUGUAUGCGGCGCGACAUUCUUUCGCUUACUAGCUGUGUGGUUUCAACGAGCAGAUACAUUAACUGCAUUAUUUUUAACUAGUUUUACAAUGGAUUUUCCCUAUGAUCCCCAAGAGCUUCUGGCAUUUGCUUUUAUAGGUAUUAUUUGUGGAUUUGGAGGAGCUUUGUGGGUGUGGGUGCAUAGACGAUACGUCUUCUUCAUGCGCUCAAAUAAAGUUCUCAAUAAGUUUCUACAGAAAAAUCGUUUUAUUUAUCCUGGAAUUUUAGCUUUUAUAGUCGCUUCGGUCUCAUAUCCCAAUGGGCUUGGGAAGUUCAUAGCUGGUGAACUGAGUACUCAUGAACAGGUUUCAAACCUUUUCACCAAUUUCACAUGGUCACAAAAUAAUUUAAAUGUUGAACAAGCCGCGAUUGUUUCGCAGUGGUCCAACACCUAUGUGGAUGGCGUCUUUUUCAACCUAUUUUUCUUCUCAAUCAUAACUUCAACUAUUCCAGUGCCUUCGGGCAUUUUCAUUCCUGUUUUUAAAAUAGGUGCUGCAAUGGGACGCAUAAUGGGAGAAGCAAUGCAUCUGUCGUUUCCAACAGGAGUUCGAUAUGGUGGAAGAACAAAUCCUAUCAUUCCAGGAGGUUAUUCCGUCGUCGGAGCUGCAGCUUUUGCAGGCAGUGUGACACAUACUGUAUCUGUUGGUGUAAUUGUGUUUGAAAUGACUGGUCAAAUUUCACAUUUAGUUCCUGUGAUGAUUGCAGUUUUGAUUUCAAAUGCAAUAGCAGCUCUUCUCCAACCAUCAAUAUACGACAGUAUCAUUUUAAUUAAGAAACUCCCCUAUUUACCUGAUCUCCUUCCAUCUGGCAGUGGAAUGUAUAACUUUACAGUAGAAGACUUCAUGCUUCGAGAUGUUAAGUAUAUUUGGCAAGGCAUUACCUACCAAACACUAAAAGAGGUUUUGAAGCAGAACAAGCAAUUAAGAAGUUUCCCAUUGGUCGACAGUCCAGAUAAUAUGAUUCUUUUGGGAUCAGUUCAACGUUUUGAAUUGAUUAGAAUGUUAGAGAAGCAUAUUGGACGAGAGAAACGUUUAGAAGUUGCAGCAAAAUGGAAAAAGGAAGCGGAUGAACGUGAAGAACAGGAACGAAUUAAACUUAUGCAGUCUGAACAACAAAGAAGACCUUCGAGAUUUGAAGUCACUCCAGCGCCUGAUAUCGAUAAAUUACGUCAAAUAGCAAACAAUGAAAUGCUUACACCAAAAGCUAAAAAGCAAAGCUCACAGUUUAAUCCCGUGUUUGGCUCACUUCCAAAAAAAUCAAUUCUAAAAAAGACAAAUUCAUUCACUAUGAAAGGAUUUAGUCCAUUAAGUUCAGCUCAUAGUCCAAUACAUACGCCUUAUUCAACCAUCACGGUAGCGGAAAACCGUAUUCGAUCUGCUUUUGAUGUUAUUUUCAAAAAAUCAGCAACACUUCAAGACGUUCAAAAUCCAAACGAUCCAGAAUUAGGCUCGAAAUCAUCUUUGGGAUGGAAAGGUGACAUGUCACCGAGCGUCGACGGACCAAACUUUCCCAGUAGUAUUUCUAAAAAGGUUCAAUUGCCACGAGAACGUGUCUGUGAUAUGUCAGCAGAAGAUCAAAAAAUUUGGGAACAAGAAGAAAUGGCUAAAGCAAUUGAUUUAGAAGCAGCAAACGUACAUAUUGAUGCAGCGCCGUUCCAACUUGUCGAGCGAACAUCUUUAUUAAAGGUUCAUUCUCUUUUCUCUAUGGUGGGAAUAAAUCAUGCAUAUGUCACACAAAUUGGACGAUUAGUUGGAGUUGUCGCUCUUAAAGAGCUUCGAAAAGCAAUUGAAGAUGUAAACAGCGGAAAUUUGGUAUCGAAUUCUCAGCCACAACAAAGAGUACCUUUGACUCCAAUUUCGCCUGUUUCAGAACCUCUUCUUAUGAAACUUGAUAAGGAAGUUACAAACAAUUCAAACACUGUUACAAGUAUAGAUUCUCUUUUCCAAUCAAAUUCUGAAAAUUGUUCAACAGAUAUCGAACUUGACAAUAUUCGAAACUCUAUGAAAUUGCAAUGAUGAAAAAGUAUGUGAACAUUCUUCAAAACGAACAAAAGCCACUUAAAAUUCUAAAAACUUUGACCUAAGCUUCUUCAGUAACUGCCUUCCUUUUCAUAGUUAAAUUUGAAAAUUCAAAGUUAAUAAAUACAAAUCGAUAUACAUAUUUAUAAAGUAUUUUCAACCUUCUUUAAUAUAAUCAAAUUUAUCUAUUUAAAUAAAUUGUUCAUGAACAAAAUAUUUGUGUAGAACAUUAUACAGGUUUAAAAUAAAAAAAAACUCCCUAUUUAUAUUUACGUGUUUUGUAAGUUUUCAUUUUAAUAUGAUUCGGAAAAACAAAUCAUUGACGAAUGUUGCAAAAAAUUUUAAUUUAAAACCGAAAAAGAUUAAUCAUUUUGAGAGAGUCGAAAAAUAUCUAAUUGUAACUGCAGAUAGGGAUGUGAAGUUUUUGAAUGUUUAUUUAUUCAAUAAUAGGAAGAAAAAGUAAUGAAAGUUAUAUCAUAAAAAUUUAUCAAAGAUAAAUUUGUUAAGCAAAUUUAAGUGAAAUUAAUAAAGUCCGUUAAUAGAAGAAGGUCUAGUAUAGACUCUUGAUUGAGAUGACAUUUCAAUUUUUUCUGCUUCCAAACGUCCCGAAAAAAAUAUUGCAAGUUUUUCCUUGUAUCUUCAUAGGUCAAAGAUAUUUUAUGCAAAUCGAGAUGAAUUGUCUUUAAUAUCCAAUCAGAAAAAUAGAAAAUCUGAUGAACGAUUUCUGAGACGAAACUUUUUGUCUUAUUUUGAACUCUCGAAGAAAGUUUGACAGAAAAAUUAAUCAAGUGAACAAUUUUUCUUGAAGUUUCUCUUACUAAAAGAACAAAUAGUUCUUCUAAAGUUUCUGGUCUUUUUUGGUUUUCCGGUUCAUUAAGAGACAAAUAAUUCCAAAUUUCUUUUGAUUUUCUAAUGGCUAGUUUUGGAUUCUUGACAAUCAUUUCAGCAGCAUAGAUGAGUACAUGGACAUCAUUUUUCAAUGCUCUAACUUCAGCAACAGUUCGUGAUGUUAACUUAUGCUUCAAUUUCUUAGAAAUCUUUUUCCCACGACGAUAUGUUUGAACCGCAUGAUUACCUUUCUCAUUUGUAUGCUCAGACUCAUCUGUUUUUAUAUUUUCUAUAUCUGGUAAAUAUUUAUCGAGAGCAUUAUCAGCCUUAUCCAAAGCUCCAUCAACAAUGUCGCCAAAAGAAUUUGCUCUUUUUAGAACAGGUUGAACAAAGUUAUCAGAAACAUAUUCUUUCGUGUUCCAAUAAAUCAUUUGUGGAGGCAAAUAAAGGUUAGGCAUGUUCUCCUCAAACCUUUCUAAAACUGAUAAUCCAAUUUUAUCAAUUUUCACCAAAGGUUUUUCUACUAGCUUUACAAUCGGACGAAGUGAUUCCAGUAACGAUAAUAUAACAUUUUCUGAUGUUUGCAGUCCCCAGUAUGUUAACUGAUUUGUUCGCUUCACUCUAUUGUAAGCAAUCAUCCCGACUUUUAAACCACUCUCUACCAUAGGAAUGGAAGCAAACUUAUCAACAGUUUCCAUAGGUAUUUCUGAGCCCCUACGUUUGAUUGUUGGUGCCCCUAUUAAAAAAUUUAAUCACAUUUAAAUUAAUAAUAUCAACAU